AAUCUAGUAGGCGUAACAUGUGCACACACAAAAACUCAAAUAUCCAGUAACCAAAAGCAGCUAUUACUGGUAUAAGUGAACAAUGCCGUUUUUGAGGCGUAGUCGCAGUGAGGAUCUUACAUUUGGGACUGAUUGGGAUGACGAUCAUACACGGCGGCACUUUAUCAGUAAGGUCUGCAGUAUUGUUGCCAUGCAAAUGGCUGUAACAACAAUAAUUACAGCCAUAUUCCUGUUCGUCGAGCCAGCCAAUGAUUUGUUAAUGGAAAAUCCAUAUAUAAAAUGGAUAGCAUUAGCUGGGACUUUACUCACCAGUUUAAUAUUAAUUUGUUGUAAUUCAGUCGCGCGAAAAGUUCCAAUUAAUUAUAUAUUGUUAUUUGUGUUCACCGGGUUUAUGGCUCUCGGAGUCAGCUGUAUGUCCAUUUAUUAUACAACUCGGUUGAUCCUAUACGCUAUUGGAAUCACGCUCGCCAUUUGUAUAGCACUUAGUUUAUUCGCGAUUUUUGCACCAUGCGACUUUACUGGCUGGGGCCCAUACUUGUGCGUGCUGUCGUUAGUGCUUGUGUUAAUGGGAUUACUUGCGUUCUUUAUAAGAAGUAGAAUCCUGUCGUUGGUCUACUGUAGCCUAGGCCUAAUAGUAUUUUCGCUUUACCUUGUGUAUGAUAUACAAUUAAUGGUCGGCGGUCGCAGGAACGAGUUUAGCGAAGAUGAUUAUAUUAUUGCCGCUUUGGGUAUUUACAUUGACAUUAUUUAUAUAUUCAUUAUGAUUUUGGGUAUCUUAGGUCUAGUUGAUGCCUAAGUUGUGAAAUUCGAUGUCUGUGCAAAUAAAAAUCCACAUUUACGAUUACUCACA